AGUCAUAAAAGUCUGUCAUUAAUAAAGCACUUACUAGAUCUUGGAGCUGAUCCCAACAAAGAACUUUAUCAGGAGUUAAAUGCAUUGUUGGUCGCCACUAGAUUAAAUAAUACAGAAGUCAUGUCACUCUUAGUAGAGUAUGGUGCUGAUGUACACAAGUUCAUUGGGCCUAUAGGCAAAUCGGCAAUACAUCUUGCUGCUGCUGCUGGUUAUGCUGAAGCUGUUGAGUUCUUACUCAGAAAAGGUGUGUCUCCUGACCAUCGAUUGCCCAGCAUCAAUGGUACACCAUUGAUGUUAGCUUCUUUUCAUGAGAAAAAAGAUAUCAUUUUACUUUUACUUAAAAAUGGAGCAAAUCUUGAUAUUCAAAAUAGGAAUGGCGUUAGUGCACUAAUGGGAGCCUGUUAUCAUGGGUGUUACUCAAUGGCUAAGCUACUACUUGAAAAAGGAGCCAAUCCUAACUUACAAACAAGAGAUGGGCAUACAGCUUUAGCAUCAUCUUGCAGUAAAAACCAGAAAGAAAUAGUCAAAUUAUUGCUUGACUUUAAUGCCGAUCCCAAUAUUCCACUAUUUGAUGGAUACACACCACUCAUGUUAGCCUGUCGAGAUGAAAAUUACAAGAUAGUAAAGCUGUUACUUCAAGCAGGAGUGUCCGUUGACACACAAAGUAAUGAUAGUUCUGUAUUUGGUAGAAUAACAGCAUUACAUAUAGCAACCAUCUUAAAUAAUAAUCAACUGGUGAGACUCUUACUUAAUGCAAAUGCUGAUGUUAACAUUCAAGAUGCUAAAGGCAUUACACCAAUUGCUUAUGCCUGUCAACAAAGAAAUAAAGAAAUGGUGGAACAUUGUCUCAAGAAUAAAGCAAACCCAAAUAUUUGUGAUGAAAAUGGAAAGUUUCCAUUAAAUAUUGCUGUUGCAAGGAAUGAGAUUGAAAUUACAGCAGCAUUACUAAAUACAGGAGCUGAUCCUAACAUUGGUAUUGGUAACGAAUCAGAAGUAACACUUUUGCACUGGGCAUGUGUCCAUAGUAACAACGACAUAGUCCAUUUACUUCUCAAAGCUAAUGCUAAUCCUAAUGCUGUCACUACUGAAGGUCAUACUCCAUUGAAUACUGCUGCUUCAAUGGGUCAUAUCAGAGUCGUUGAGAUGUUACUAUCAGAAGGAGCUGAUAUUGAAUUUGAAGAUACUCGUGGCUGGACACCAAUAUUCUAUGCUGCUGCAGGAGGUGAAUUGGAUAUGAUCAGCUUUUUACUGAAACAUGGAGCCAAAAUCAAGAAAGAUAAAUUUGGUGGGACCAUCGAAAGUGUAGCAGCAAAAGUAGGAGGAGUUGAAAUCAAAGGUCUACUCCAAGAGGCAACCAAAGCACAAACAGAAAAGAAAGACGAGGCAACAGUUAGCAAGGAAGAGAAAAGGAAAGAUGGACCGAAGAAAGUAACAAGUACUACUCUUAUUACACCA